AAUAAAAACUUGCUACACACGUCUUCACAGCAUGUUGCAAGGGAUACAUUUGUGCGUGCAAAGUGUGCACAUGCGAAGUGAGUGUGGAGCCAGACACAAUAAAGGAGAAUACAUGGGAGGGGGCACUUCUUUUUCUGAGGAUUUGAGGGAGAUAGGUUAUGUAGGUCCCUUUUACUCUCUCCCUCUUUCUGUCACUCUCACUCAGACUGAGUGAGAAACACCAUCUCUCUGCCUGACUCUUCAUACCAGUGUGGGCUUCUGUGUAGGUUGCAAUACGACAUUUGUUACUAGAGAUUUAAGAGCUGUGGCAAGAAAGAAAAGGCGUGAAGCGGGGGGGGAAAAAGGGUAACGGUGAUAGCUAGAAAAUAACCUAAUUUGCUCAAGUGAAGAGAUACCACACAGGGAUUUUCUAAGUGCCUCCAAUUUGCACAGGCUGGCGUGCAGAGACAUGGAUGUCUUCAUGGACAAGGAUUUCAGUAUGACUGGCAACACAAGUCAUGAAACAUCACGAGCAAGAAUAGAAGGAAACAAAGACCAAGGACUCAACCACAGCGACCCCUUGGACAUGUUCAUAGGCAUAGAGCUCCUUCAGCGAUACAAGCCUCUCUUCCUGCCUCUGUACUGCCUUGUAGUGGUAGUAGCUGUUGUUGGAAACUCCUUCCUUUUGGCUUGCAUCCUGGCUGACAAGAAACUCCACAAUGCCACCAACUUUUUCAUCGGUAACUUAGCAGCAGGUGACCUGUUGAUGUGUUUGACUUGUGUUCCGCUGACAGUGUCUUACGCCUUCGACAGCCAUGGCUGGGCUUUUGGAAGACCUUUCUGCCAUUUGGUUCCCUUGCUGCAGUGUGCCACAGUCUUUGCAUCAGUGCUUUCACUUACUGCUAUUGCUGUGGACCGCUAUAUUGUUGUAGCUCAUCCAGUACGGAGGAGGAUUUCUGUGUGGGGUUGCGGUGCAGUGACUUUGGGUGUCUGGCUUUUAUCUUUGGCCCUGGCCGCACCUCCAUCGUACUACACAGACUACCUGGACCUGCGGCCCACGGGCAUUGACCUGGUAGUGUGUGAAGAAUUCUGGCCAAAUAGUGGCAAUCUGCGGCUUCUCUACUCUUGCUUCAUUUUAAUAACCUCGUAUAUGAUCCCACUGCUGUCAGUUAGCGUAUCCUACUGUGCCAUUACUAUCAGUUUGAAGCGUUAUUCAGUGCCUGGGGAGCCAUCAAACAGUCAGCAGCGCUGGAGCCAAAGGAGGAAGAAGACGUUCUCUCUGCUGGUGGCCUCAGUGCUGGCCUUUGCCCUGUGUUGGCUGCCUCUCCAGGUGCUGAACCUGUUGCUGGACUUGGACCCGGACUUCCAUAUUAUGGGCAAGCGCUACAUAAAUGUCUUACAAGUAUGUUGCCACUUAGUGGCUAUGAGUUCUGCAUGUUACAACCCUUUCAUUUAUGCCUCACUGCACAGCAAGGUGCGAAUGCACCUCAAAGGUUAUCUCUGUCCUUGCCAUAACCACCAGAGAAGGAUGGUGGAGAGAUCCAGUUGAACCCACAAUGCGACUGUAGCAGCUCUUGAUAUGCAGAGCCCAUUCUUAUCCGCAAGCUAGCACCUGCACCCCAGCAUGAGCGUUAAUGUCUGAGACAUCCAGGAGAAUACAAUGAGGCUGUUCAAAAUUUAUUUAAACCAUUUUCUUCAUGCUUUACCAGCAUGUUGUGACGUCAUGGCAUUUAGUCCUUUCUUGUAGCAUCUCCAAAGGUAGUAGCUAAAAAAAAACAACUAAAAAAAACACUGCUUACAAAGAAAUCCAAUGAUGGUAAAGAAAAAGAAGACCAGUGAAGAGUCCACUGGGAUCCCUGUGUUGUGCUUAGAUGGCAGUGCUGCAGAGGCUAAGCAGACGCUGCAGCUUUGAAAAGGCCAGCGGGGGUAUAAACAGUAUUCAGCUGUAGCAGACUUAUGCUUGAGGCUGAGAUCAUGGGUGUUAACUCUGGUUACAUGGACCGGUUUGCUUAAACAUUAAACACUUGACUUCAGGGAGCUGACCGUACAGUGAACUCCUCAAACCAGACGUGGAUCAGGAAAAUACUAAUGAUGGUUUUAUGUUGUCCACAGAACUGAAUGUCAUUCAAUUAUUUACAUAUAUUAUUGGAUAACAAAUUGCUGGCUAUUUUUAGGUUUAUUAAACGUAAUUAGGUGGUACAGUCUAAGUGUGUUGUAUGUGUAAAUAAAUAUAUAUUUGUGUUUUUGCAUACAUGCUGUAUGCAUUCUCUUCAUUUUCUGCAGGUCAAAACCACAGUAUAUGCAAUAAUGAUAAAAAUGCAUCUUACUGUAUAUGACACCUUGCAGCAGUAUUGGAAAUCGUCUUCAAUUACAUCUUAUCAAUACCAAAUUAAUAAAGGAUUUACUUGAGUGAGAGCUCAUAGUUAAAUGUUAAGUGCUCUGGCUCUAACUGACAAAAGAGACUGGCACAAUAAUUAAUUAUUAGAUAAUUAAAGCACAGACAAAAACAAUAACUGUAAAGCAUUACUCUGCUGAUGCCGUUCUCAUUGACUUGCCAUCAAGUAUGAUUAAUGCUUUCAUAGGCUGGGUAUGAAGACUCACCAGAGGACAUGCUAAUGUGCUCUAAAUUGCAAGCAAGCAGAAUUAAUUUGUUUCAUUCGGUUAAUUAGAAAGCUAAAAUUUUCAUUGAUGCUAAUUUCUGUCUAUGUAGAUCUGUCUAGAGCUCUCUAUUUGGACAGAUAAAUGAAUGAAUAGAUAGAUAGAUAGAUAGAUAGAUAGAUAGAUAGAUAGAUAGAUAGAUAGAUAGAUA